AUGUCCUUCGGCACAAUCUGGUCCUACCCCAACAACCCCCGGGUCAUGAAGAUCCAAGCCGCCGCCUCCUUCAACAACCUCACCUUGACCACUGCCGACUUCACAAUGGGCACCACAAACCGCGAGCCCGCCUUCCUCGCCAAGUUCCCCAUGGCCAAGGUCCCCGCCUUCGAAGGCGCAGAUGGGCUGACGCUCACCGAAUCCGACGCCAUCGCGCAGUACGUCGCGGACAGUGGGCCCGCCGCCGAUCAGCUGCUGGGCUCCAGUGCGGUGGAGCGCGCGGCCGUGCGGCAAUGGGUCUGUUUCGCCGACGGUGAGGUUCAGUGUCCCGUAAUUCAACUUAUUUUGCCGCGGGUCGGAUACAAGGCCUUUGUCGAGAGCGUGGAAAAGUCCGCCCUGGGGCAGUUGGAGAGGGCGCUGGAUUACCUUGAGGGUCAUCUGAGGGGUCGGGAAUGGGUGGCUACCGAGAAGCUGAGUCUGGCGGAUAUUAGUGUGGCGGCGGCUCUCUACUGGGGCUUCUCCAUGGUGAUCGACCAGGAGAUGCGCCAGAAGUACCCAUUCGUGGUGUCAUGGUACGAAAAGACUCUGGAAAGUGAGGGUGUCAAGCAGACCUUUGGUGAGAAGAAGUUCAUCGAGAAGCGCGAAACCCCCAAGGCUUAA